AUGGCUCUAAAACUCAACUUGCUUCUAAACAUUUUAUUAGCCUGUUAUUUCCUUCGAAAAUCACUUGGGACCAAAUGUCCACCGACCAAAUGUCCAACGACCAACAGUCCCCCGAUCAAAUGCCCACCGGCCAAAUGUCCGUCGACCAAAUGUCCUAUAAACUAUCCGACGACCAAAUGUCCCAUACAAUUAAAUUACAAAAUUGCCGGUGCCGAUCCACCCUCACACUGUGAGCUUCCCACAGACCCAAAUAAACUCCCUCCGUCAAGUCUUGAAAGCUGGUUUACUCGAGAAAUGUUCGACGAUCUCUUUCCAUUUUCCAAUCUUGGCUGGGGACCGCACCCCUGUUCACCAUACUCUUUCGAGGCUUUUAUAAUAGCUGCUCGUUACUUCCCCCGGUUUGGGAAGGAAGUAGAUUUGAAGAAUGGUUUCACACCGAGGGAGAAUAGUCGAAGAGAUGUGGCGAGCUUUUUGGCACAUGCGAUCCAAGAGACCGGACUAAAUGAUGUUUCAGUCUACCAAACAAGUGGACUGAACUCAUCACAAGCGGAUGCCUGUUUUUUCCGCGGUGGACUCUUCAACUGGUUUGAGGGAGGGCCAGUCUCCGCGUUUUUGGCACCCUCAACAAGCAUGAAACCCGAGGGAGGUGAGAUAUGUAUUGCAAGUGGAAGGUACUGUUCCCCUUCACCUUUUUAUGGAUGUGGAAAUGAAACUGAAGGAAAAUAUUUCAAAAGUUGUUACUUUGGAAGGGGAGCUAUUCAGGUAAUGGAACUCGUGUCAAGGAACUCGUGUCAGGACAGCUCACCGUCCGACCAAAAUACUGUCCACCUAGAGUAUAAAAUACCGUCGAAGUGGAGGUCCUGA